AGCCGUGCGUUUAGCCAUUGUUUAUGCGUGAGAUUUACGUCCGGAAUAUGAUGAAUGGCCUCGGAAUGAACAACCCGGAGAGGGACGUAGAUGCACGCUGCUGUUUUCCUGUUCGUCUGUCAGUCGGGUCGUGACGGCCGAUCCUGCUAGUUUAUGGAGGUCGCAAGGUCAGGCCCAGGAACCGACGGAAUUUUAAGGAGCAAAGACCUUUAAAAGACUCUACGAGGAUGUGGAAGAGGUCUUCUUCUUCCUCCUCCCCCUCCUCCUCCUCCUCCUCCUACUGCUGCCUGGUGCUCCUCCUCGUCUCCCUCCUUCGCCAGAACGCCGCCCAAACACAAUCUUCAGAAACUGGUAAUGCCCGGAGGCUGUCGCUGCCGAUCCAACCCCAGGAGGGAAAGGCGUGCAGUAAGCUGGAAAACCCAGGCACUUGGCUCUCUGGCGACAACUGCUGCAGGUGCAAGGCCAACGAAGUGACCUGCCGCCCAAAGCCUCCGCAAUGCCGAGAUCCGCCCGCAGAUACCACAGGCUGCCGACAGAAGGAGAUCUGCGGCUGUACUGAAUGGAAAUGCAAGUCCGACAAGCGAAAGAAAGGCGGUCGUAGCCAGAAGCCUCAACGAAGGCGACUGAGGAAAGAGAACAAAAAAAAUGCUGGAACACGCAGAGGAAAACGUCGCGGAGAAGGCGGCCGAAGAAGAGGACAAGGAAACAAGAACCAAAAGAAGCGGAGAAGAAACCAAAACAAGCAAGAUAGACCACGUAGGAAAUUGGAGAUUGAAGGAUCCCACAGCAAUAGCACCUUUCCUGGAGAAGACGACUACGACGACUUCUACUAUGACGACUACUACUUCGAUGACUACAUGUACCCAGACUACCUCUACGGCAACAUGUAUGGACUAGAAUGUAGCUGCCAUACGACUUGGGUCCAGAAUGGUUUUUAUCACGACGAAUGGUACGACGAUUUUGAUAAUUAUUAUUACUCUUACGACGAAGAUUAUUUUGACGGUGGACCUGACCUUUUUUACGAUUCUUAUUUUGAAAACGGAGACGAAGCGGAAAUGGACGAUGGCUCGAGCGAAGAAUUUGACGCGUUCGAGAGCUACAACGACGGCGAAAAAAAGCGGAAGAAGGGCAAAAAGCAGAAGGAGAACGAAAAAGGAAGAGGCAAGGGAAGAAAACGUAAGAAAGACAAUAAGGAGAAGAGGAAACGAGAUAGGAAAGGGAAGCGCAAUGAAGAGAGAAACAAGAAGGAGAAAAGGAGGAAGGUUGUUCGGAAUGAAAACAGCAUAAACAAGGAAAAUGGUGACAAAAAGGGAGAUGGGAAGCGAGGUCAGUUCAAGAGAAAGUUCAAUAAAGAUGGAGAAAAGAAAAAGUUCAAUAAAGAUGAAGAAAAGAAAAAGUUCAAUAAAGAUGGAGAAAAGAAAAAGUUCAAUAAAGAUGGAGAAAAGAAAAAGUUCAAUAACGAUGAAGACUAACUAAAUGCUCCUUUAACAGGAUGAUGAACAGGGGCCUUGGGAGGAAUAUUUGGAUAUUUUUGAAUGAGUGAUUUGCAUGUUAAAAAAAAAAAAAAAAUGUUUACGGUAGGUUAAUGGAG